ACAUUCAACUUUCACUUUGGCUUAAGCGGUUACUUGGCGCAGUACUUUUUGUGCUUUUUGUUUUGGACAAGUUGUUGGGCGCACUUACAGUUAGUUAUGUGGUCAGCGUCGUGUCAUCUGCUCAAGUAGUCAGACAAUAUUUAUGUACACGCACGCAAUUCAAAGCUCCAGAACAACAACAACAACGAUAUCAAAAUGACCACUUUACGGAAUCGCCAGAGUGUCACCACGCCGGAAGUGGAGCAACAGAAGCAACAACAAAACGAACAACAGAGUAACAGCAACAUCAAUAACAACAACAAUGCAGCAAAAGAGAAAAGUGAUCCCAUGAUAUAUAUUAUAUUUCUAUCACUACUGUUUGAUUUACUUGCAUUCACCAUCAUAUUGCCGCUGUUGCCAUCGUUGCUGGAAUAUUAUCGAGUGAAUGACAGUUCCGGUUUGUAUGCAUCACUUACGACCCGUGUACGCUGGUUUCAGCAUUUCCUUGGUGCCCCGGACCGUUAUCUGUCGGUUCUAUUUGGCGGUUUCCUUGGCUCAAUGUUUAGCUUUCUUCAAUUCUUGGCCAGUCCCAUCGUUGGCAGCCUUUCGGAUUAUUAUGGCCGCAAACCCGUCUUGUUAAUGUGCGCCUCGGGCAUAGCGUUAUCUUAUCUGAUUUGGGCCUGCUCCAGCAACUUUGCACUGUUCGUGCUGGCGAGGAUUGUUGGUGGCAUCAGCAAGGGGAACAUCUCGCUCUGCAUGAGCGUCAUCACAGAUGUGUCCAGUGUGCGGACUCGUGGUCGCGGCAUGGCACUUGUUGGUGUUGCCUUCUCGCUGGGCUUCAUUGUGGGUCCCAUGAUUGGAGCCAUGUUUGCCAUAUUCUCAAAUAAAAGCGCCAGUGGCGGUGCCUGGUUUGUGCUACCUUCUCUGCUCGCUCUGGGAUUGGCUCUUGGCGAUGUGCUGCUCCUGGUCUUCUGUCUACGUGAAACUCUGCCCCAGGAGAAACGCGCUCGAGAAAUCUCAUCGGCUUUGUCAUACGGCCUUCAAUUACUCAAUGUCUCAUCUAUAUUUAGAUUUGCUGCCAUCAAAAAUGUGCCACGAAAGGAUAUUCAGGCACUCCGUACCAUAGGAUUCAUUUACUUUCUGUAUUUGUUCCUGUAUUCGGGCUUGGAGUUUACAGUCACGUUUCUAAUGUAUCAUAAGUUCGGCUACACUUCAAUGGAUCAAGCCAAAAUGUUUCUGACUACGGGUGUUGUGAUGACCUUGCUGCAGGGAUCGGUUGUGCGUCGUUUACCCGAAACCAAGAUCAAAUGCUAUGCCAUCUUUAGCCUGUAUUUGAUAGUGCCCGCUUUUGUAUUGGUUGGUCUGGCUGAGAAUAGUCGAAUGCUUUAUGCAGGCAUGAUUUUAUUUGCAAUCUCUACCGCGUUUGCCGUUACUUGUCUGACCACCUUGGUGUCCAAGUAUGGCAAUGAUGAUCAAAAGGGUUCAGUAUUAGGAAUAUUUCGUUCGUUGGGUGCAUUGGCGCGUGCUCUGGGUCCAGUUGUUGGAUCUAUAGCCUUUUGGUGUGUAGGCUCAAAGGUCACAUAUAUAACGGGCGGACUUUUACUUGUCUAUCCGGCACUUGCAUUACAACGUGCUCGUAUCUAAAACGUAUUUCAAAAGUGCUAUAAGUUCAAUAAUAAGAAUAAGAACAAAGCUUACUCAUUCUGCAGAACAAAAAGCUACCGCUAGUAUUAAUUGCACUAUAUACUUAACUUAUCGUUUUUAUACAUUCAAAUAAUAAAAUUAAUUUUUAUAUUUUUUAUAAAUAAAA